CCCACGGCACUUCUUAGCUUAUUAUGUGACUACACACGUCUGUGCCCUAUACACAGGAACAUGUUCACAUACCUUCUUGCCUGUCCGCCUACUCUUCUUGCCCCUCCUCCAUAGUUCUUAUAGCCACAUCCUGCAAGGAAAAACCCCAGACUCCUGUGAAGGCAGAGCACAGACAAGGAUGUAUGUGUGGGUUCAGCAGCCCACAGCAUUUCUGCUCCUGGGACUCUCACUUGGAGUUACAGUGAAGCUCAACUGUGUUAAAGAUACCUACCCCAGUGGUCACAAGUGCUGUCGUGAGUGCCAGCCAGGCCAUGGUAUGGUGAGGCGCUGUGAUCACACCAGGGACACUGUAUGUCAUCCAUGUGAGCCUGGCUUCUACAAUGAGGCUGUCAAUUACGACACCUGCAAGCAGUGUACACAGUGCAACCACCGAAGUGGAAGUGAACUCAAGCAGAACUGCACACCUACUGAGGAUACUGUCUGCCAGUGUAGACCAGGCACCCAGCCCCGGCAAGAGAGCAGCCACAAGCUUGGAGUUGACUGUGUUCCCUGUCCCCCUGGCCACUUUUCUCCAGGCAGCAACCAAGCCUGCAAGCCCUGGACCAAUUGUACCUUAUCUGGAAAGCAGAUCCGCCACCCAGCCAGUAACAGCUUGGACACAGUCUGUGAAGACAGAAGCCUCCUGGCCACACUGCUCUGGGAGACCCAGCGCACUACAUUCAGGCCAACCACUGUCCCGUCCACCACAGUCUGGCCCAGGACUUCUCAGUUGCCCUCUACACCCACCACCUUGGUGACUCCUGAGGGCCCUGCAUUUGCUGUUAUCCUAGGCCUAGGCCUGGGCUUGCUGGCUCCCUUGACUGUUCUGCUAGCCUUGUACCUGCUCCGAAAGGCUUGGAGAUCGCCUAACACUCCCAAACCUUGUUGGGGAAACAGCUUCAGGACCCCUAUCCAGGAGGAACAGACCGACACACACUUUACUCUAGCCAAGAUCUGAGCAAUACCACAGGAGUGGAUUUUAUGGGGCACAGACAGCCCAUAUCCUGAUGCCUGCCUGCCAGGGCCCUCCACGCCGUUCUAGGCGCUGGGCUGGCUGUGCACUCUCCCAUGUAUGCUGUGCAUACUCCCUGCCUGGUGGCACUCCUAAUAAACAUGCUCGCAGCUGUGAGUCUGUCACUGGC